CGCGGGGAGGCGCGCGCCGAGCCCCGGGAGCACCGCCCGGGAGCACCGCGGGGCGCGCGAGCAGACGCGCAGCCGCACGGCCGGGGCGGGGUCCCCGCGGGGUCCCCAGCUUCGGGCAGAAACGAAACCGAAAGAGGGGACCCAGGGAGGCGGAGCCGCGCCGGCGCCACCCAGCCCUGCGGGGCCCGGACCCGGGCGCGGCCAGGUGUGCACCGGCCACCAUGGCUCAGGACGGCGUAGAGUUGGAGAAGAGCGUCAGGCGCCUCCGGGAGAAGUUUCAUGGAAAAGUGUCCCCCAAGAAGGCAGGGGCUCUUAUGAGGAAGUUUGGCAGCGACCACACCGGAGUAGGGCGCUCUAUCGUGUACGGUGUCAAGCAGAAAGAUGGACAGGAGUUGAGCAACGAUUUGGACGCUCAGGACCCACCCGAGGACAUGAAGCAAGACCAAGAUAUCCAGGCAGUGGCCACCUCCCUGUUGCCCCUGACACAAGCCAAUCUUCGAAUGUUCCAAAGAGCCCAAGACGACCUCAUCCCCGCCGUGGACCGACAGUUUGCCUGCUCCUCCUGUGACCACGUGUGGUGGCGCCGUGUGCCCCAGAGGAAGGAGGUGUCCAGGUGUCGGAAGUGUCGGAAGCGCUAUGAACCAGUGCCAGGCGACAAGAUGUGGGGUCUGGCCGAGUUCCACUGCCCGAAGUGUCGGCACAACUUCCGGGGCUGGGCACAGAUGGGGUCCCCAUCACCCUGCUAUGGGUGCGGCUUCCCUGUGUAUCCCACUCGGAUCCUGCCCCCACGCUGGGACCGUGACCUGGAUCGGCGCAGCACACACACCCACUCCUGCUCAGCUGCAGAUUGCUACAAUCGGAGAGAGCCCCAUGUGCCUGGGACUUCCUGUGCCCACCCCAAGAGCCGGAAGCAGAACCACCUCCCCAGAGUGCUGCACCCCAGUAACCCCCACAUCAGCAGUGGCUCCACAGUGGCCACGUGCCUGAGCCAGGGUGGCCUCCUGGAUGACCUGGACCAUCUCAUCCUGGAAGACCUGAAGGAGGAGGAGGAGGAGGAGGAGGAGGAGGACGAGGAGGAUGGUGGGCCCCGAGAGUGACCCUGGCCAGACAGACACAGGAACGACAGACAUGGUGUGUGGACACCUCGUGUUGCUAUAAGAAACCAGCUCAAGGAGACAGAAAGGCCCUUGGGGGUACUCAUGGGACAGUCAC